CUCUAACCUCUAACCCCUCUCCCCCAGGUCCUCUAACCUCUAACCUUUACCCCAGGCCCACCUGAAGCCUCAGCACCUGUCAGCGUUCUGCCAUCUGAUUUCUGACCCGCGGGCUCAGUACUACUGCCGUGAGGUGAGGAGGAGAGCAGCGGGACGAUCCAACAGGACCCGCGUUCGCAACCAACGCUACGCCGCCCUCAUGGAGCUGCAGAGGGAGGGCCAGUACUUCAGCGAGGACCAGAUGAGAAGCCGGGAGCCCUUACUGUAUGAGCAAUACAUCGGCCAAUACCUGACUGAGGAGCAGCUGUUACGUCGCUCCCUCGAGGCCAUGCAGGGAGAAGCAGGGGAGGAGCGGGGCCCGGGUGGAGCAGAGGGGGGACUGGCCCACCUCCUCCUCAACUCCUACCAGGAGAGACUGAUCCAGAGUCGGAUGCAGGAGGAGCAGGACAGGGAGGAGAACGCACUGGAGGAGGAAGAGGGAGAGGAAGAGGCUGGAGGGUUGGGGGCAGAGGGCUAUGAACCAUCACCCCAGGAGAAAUCACUGCUCAGGGACGAGUUCAUCACUCUGAUGUACCAACGCUUCCUGGACGGACACGACAAAGACUUUAACUACAGUGAAGUGGAUGGGAACCCCGACUUCGACAACCUGGACAUCGUCAACAGAGAUGCAGAGGAGAAGUACUUCGAUGAGGAUGAAGAUGAGGAGGAGGAGGAAGAGGAGAUGACUGUAGUUAUGAUGUCAUGACAGCAGCUGUCAUUUGGACUGUAAAAUACGAUAACUUCUGUAAUAACUAAACUGUCAUGUUUCUAGUCUUUCUGUUCCCGUCACAUUCAUGUAAUAUUCAGUUUGUAUGGAUGGCAAUAAAUCGUGUAUGUUUACCUA